AUGAUCAGUAAAUCCAUGGACAACAGCAAAAUUGCUGUGAUAGUGGACAGCCUUUCAGCGUUGGACUUUGUUGUGAUUUGUGUCUUGAUCGUAGGAUUGCAGCUUUCCUCAUUUUAUAUCAAUGAACUUCCGUAUGUGACCAAGAUCAAGGAAUUACUGAAAGGUUCUCAGAUGAUCACAAUUUGGGGGAGGUUGAAAGCCGUCUGUGCUAUCGUCCUCAUCAAUUGUUUCAUCAUUGCCUGGAUCGUCAGCACUACGACUUUUGGUUAUUCAAUCAACGACACUUUAAUUGAUGCCUUGCAGUUCGUUGGCCUGAUGUUGCCAUUGGUGAAUGUUCUGCUUCUGUUUUACUUGAUCUACAAGAAGAAGUAUUAUGAUUGGGUGAUCUUCCAGACUAGUUUCUUUAACCUGAUAUUCUUACUUGGCAUUUCUGUCAGCAAUUCGAUUUCAGGUUUUUACAGCAAGGACACUGUCACAUUUGCUGCGUCAAUCACAAUGGUGGUGUUGCUUGUAGUGGCUUUUAUUUCAUUUGCGAUUCUUUGGUGGAAAGUAUUUUGGUAUGAAGAUGAUGAUACAUUUCAAAGAUGGAUGUCGGUCUAUAAUGUUGGUUUUCUCAUUGUUGUCGUCAUUGCGACAAUUACCUGGAUGGCAUUUAAAGGCCUCAGACCAGAGGAUGUAGGAGUUGCCAUUACAUCGAUGGUGGGACUGGUGUUUACUACAGCAUAUGCUAUUAUAUUCAUGUGCUGGUCAAGGAAAAAAUACCCAGACGACAAGCAGUGGUGGUGGCGCCUGAAUAUUUGUAACAUUGUGGCUCUUGUCUUCAUCCUCAUUGCCCUCAUUUGCUGGAUUGUGACUAAAGAUCAAAGCUGCACGACCAACAUUCCAGUCUGGAUCCUGUUCGCUCUAUUAGGGGUCACAUUUGUGAUAGCGUUGUCCAGAUUCUUUCCAGUUUGCAACAGAAACAAAGGAACUAAUGAGAACGGCCGUGCUGAAAUAGAACAGGGUCGUGGAGAAGUGCAGGAAUUACAAACUCUCAGCCCAGGUCAUGAAGCUGAACCUGAAAAUCAUCCGGUCAGUUAGAAGGGAGACGGCAGCCUUCAGUUCCAGAGGUGACUGUGAGGGCAGGUUCUGUGUCCCUGCUGUAGACUGGAGCCUGGAAAAUCCUUCCCUCCAACAGUGGGGAACAUGGUGCUCUGCAGCUGUAACUUGUCUCACCCUGAGUGAGAACAACACUGCACUCAUUUCAGCUCUCAGCUUCCGGUGAGAAAUUCAAUCCUUGAUCAUCUGGCAAAAUUCUCAUUGGCACCGGAAUCAUUUUAAGGAACCAUGAAAGAGGAGUCCAGAGGGGCUCGGUCCACAAGACCUUAUGGGUUUGUCUCUGAUUUAGAUCUCUGGAAGGUGCAAUAACUACAUAAUAUGUGCUUCAGAAGACAGUCCUGACUGCAGUCUGGGACAUCAAAUGCAGCUCCCACACACAGCUGAACUGCUUUGCCUGAUGAAGACAACCACAAUCAGGUUUAUUGUCACUGUGUUAUGAGAUGAAAUUUGUUGUUUUGUGACAAGAUCACUGCCUCUCAGAUUCCUCGCCUUGGGAUCAUUCAUUGCUGAUCUCUACCACAUCUCACACUUUACUCCUUGCUGCUGCCUGGCUGGAGCCCUGGAGGGUCACCAAGGCCCCUUGUACAACAAGCACCUCUUGUGGUUAAUGUUCCCCACCAGAAUGACAAGGUCUCUCUGAGUCCCUCUCCUUUCCCAUCAUUUCCAAUCUGUUUGUGAAGCAGCAGCACUUCCUAUUGCUUGUAUUUGUUUGUGCCAUCGAGGCUGACUUCCCCUGUCGUAGCAGAGAGGUGAAGUGCUGGCAGCUGAGAGAGAUCAAACUGAACAUCCCGAUGUCACCAUUUUCACUCUCGGCCAUGGCAUUGCUCUUCCAUCACGUCGGUGUUACAGGAGUUACCCUUUGUACCCUCGCAGGAGUCAGUUGGAACUGGAGUUCCCCUGUUCACCUGUUUACUGGAAUCUGUGCAAUGAAAUCACCCGGCUACAGUUUCAGGACAAUAAUCCCCAUUCAUACACGCAUCGUUAACCCUGAGCAUAAUAAUGAGGCCGGCAUCAUCCAACUCGGAGUGACACAUCAGUGAUGAGCAUUUUCUUCAUCAAUCUACAAACAUCCAACUAUUACUCCUGGGCCAUCCUGAGAAGGGUCACAGAGUCACACAGCACAGAAACAGGCCCUUCGGCCCACCAAGUCCAUGCUGACCUUGUUGCCCAUCUACACUGAUCCCAUUUGCAAUCAUUGUGGGAUCCACAUCAAAUUUGUCAUUUCCAGCCCAAAUUGUCUGCUGUUAGUCAAACUGAGGACAGUGUGUAGACUCCACCCCACCUUUGUGUUGUUGUAUCAGACUAAACCAGUGAAUCCAAGCCCAGAAAUCCUUUCCAUUUGGUACAAGUAUUAAAACUGCUCUGGCUGUUACACUAAUGCUGUCAUCAGAAAUCCCAUAAAGAUUGUGAUUUUCCCCAGUACCAAUACCAGGUACAGCAUUUCCUCACAAAGUCCCUCCCAUUUCUGUACAGUGAGCAGUGAAACUGCAAUAAAACUCUAUGAGUCUGAAUGUUGUAUUGGAGGGUGAUUUUGGGAUAUUUUAAUCCUAUACUGUAUGUACAUGUGUACAUUUGUGUUUUAAGCAUGUUGCCUGAUGCCUCUUUAUGACCAUUGCUGAUUAAAUAAACCACUUCUGUUUUGCUGUU